AUUCUAGGAUAGAGAAAUUGAAGAGUUGUUUUUACAGGGACAAAAAAACAAAACACUUUUUGCUAACAAAUUGUAUUAAAUUCGUUUUACACAGAUAGUUUUCAGUUUGAAAGGCAAGAUUUUAAGAGUACAACCAAAGAGACAUUAUAUAAACUUGAGCUUAGGUCUGUCGGCAAAACCACUGCGCAAACGAAUGUAAUCCCAGAUAGAGUCGCCUGUACUUAGUUUGUAACUAGCGGUAAGGCUCUCCUCUCCUCCCUACCAAGAUGUAUGCAGCUGCUGGUGGCGCCUCGCUGGCCUCCCGCCAGGCGCGGCAGAGGCAGCGCCAGCAGAAGAAGACCCAACAGCUCCAGGCGAAGCUACAUCCACCGAAGGCGGCCGGGGCCGUCGGACUCGCGUCCGGCGGUGAUCAUGCCGCCGAGGGCGCCUCCACGCCCACCCGCAGCCAGUCGCGCCAGUUCCACCAGCUGCCCACGAACUAUCUGCGUGCCCCGCAGCCGCACGGCCGGAAGCUCAGCGCCACCUACACGACGCAAUCGAAGCUCCUGCUGCCCAUCGAGGAGGGCGACACGCAGUCGGUGCUGCAGCUGCGCAUGCACUCCCACGCCCACGCCCAUUCCCACGGUCACGCCGCCACCCACUCCCACUCGCACUCCCACGGUCCUGCGAUCUCCGGCCAUCAUGGCCCCGUGCAGACUCCCUACCAGCAGUUCGCCUCAUCCCACGGACGCGUCUCACCGAAACUGGUGCACCGGCACUCGGGCAGCAGCAGCAGCGCCGCCGGCGGCUUCCAUCCGGCGAUCUCCGCCGGCCAAAUGCUGCACAAAUCGGCGACGGCCACGCUGCCGCUGGUUUCGCACAUGGAAGCGGAAGCGGAGUCGCCAUCGGCGGUGGCCGGCGUUAAAACGACAGUGACCUCGUUGGAGACGGCGGCAGCCACGCCCACAUCUCCGCCGCUGGCCAGCACUUCCGCUGCCGCUGCCGCCGCAAUGGCGGCCGAGGCGGAGGCAGAGGCAGAGUUAGCUGGCACCAUGUUUGUGCCCCACCAUGAUGCCAUCAUUGUAACGCCGGCCACGCCCAUGGCCUCGCCGGGCCACGUGGCCAAGCUGCGGCGUCCGGGGCCCGAGGAGCUCUUCGAGGCGGCCUCGGCCGAAAGGCAGCCCCUAACCGCCGAGGACGAGGAGGAGGAGCCCCCUCCUGCGCCGGGUCAGCUGGAGCGCAAGUGCAGUGUCUACAGGAUGCGGAGGAGCGAUGCCUUCGAGGGGGAUUCGAGUGGCGGCUUGAAGCGGCAGCUGAGGGAGCUGCAGUUCAGCGCCGGAGUCCAGCAGACGCAGUACGAACCCCUGCUCGCCGAUGAGCCGCAGCUGAUCUUCAAGGGACUUGGGGUCAAUGGGCGCAAGAUGCAGAUAUGCGCCUACUGCGAGGAGGGCAUCUGCGUGUGCGAGCAUCUCGAGUGCGCCCAAGGACGUGCCGCCUGGUUGGAGAGGGGCAGACGCUGCAGCGUCCAGGAUCAGCAGCAGCAGCAGGCCACCUGCCAUCGACGCUGGGUGAAGCGGAACCGAAUCCAAGAUGCCUCCUUGGGCGGUUCGUCGGACGAUGAGGAUUUCCUGGGCGUCCUGCGAGGUCCCAGCACCUUUGCGAAUGCCUUCCUCUACGUGGGUCUCGGCACGGUGGCGCUGGGCCUCGUCAUCGCAUUCGUUGGCACCGGCGAGAAGGGCUUCAAAACCACGGAACUAAGACUUAUAGGCCCCUCUCUAAUAGGAUUGGGUCUGAUCUGUUGCAUUUUACGCAUACUCUUCUGCAUCUGUCCAUCGCACUGCAUUUCAUCCAGUAAAAAGACGCGCAAGAAAAACGGCAACAAGAUCGAUGCGGAUCACACGACGUCGUUGCUCAGAAACGAGAGCAAAAGGGUGUCGAUAGCGAGGGGACCCAGUUUUCAGCCCAAAUAUCCCAUAGCACACAAACGCAGCCAGAGCAAAAUGCUCAACGAGGGAAUGGAGGCCCUGCGCCAGAUAGCCACCACAUCCUUGUUCAUGCAGAACGAACAGAAGACGGCCAUCAAUCGUGUGGUGCCGAUCAUCAACGAACCGGAUAGCGGUGAUGCGCCACUGGAGAUGAAGAAACUGCAAACGGCACUGAAUGCCUGCGAGAUGAGCGACGAGGAGCAGGAUCAGGAUCGGGAUCAGGAGCAGCAGCAGCAGCAGCAGAUUGCCAAACGUACAACAGCCACAACUGCCGUUACGAGUAGUACCACCAAAGAGCCAACAUCAUCGAGGAUAACGAGGGCCACGUCCACCCUGAGCACGGUGGAUGAGAAGCCGGACAGCAAGCUGGUGCGCCAGCGGGUGGCCCUGCAGCAGCAACGCCAGCAGCAGCAGCAGAGGCAGCAGCAGCAGGAUCAGGAGCAUCUACCAAAGUCGCAAUCCUUGUCCUCCUCCUCCACGGUCAAGGAUUCGCUGGAGGCGGUGGAGGAGACGUCCCUCAUAGAUGCCAGCAAUGAGACCACACCUCCUCCUUCACUGGCAAUGCCCAGCAGCUGCAGUACGGGUGCGAUACCCCGGCUCAAUCGGCCGGGCAUCUCGACGGGGGCCACGCCCAAGGUGACGAUGACUGCGACAACGACAACGACGACGACGCCCACCAUCACGGCCCGGCUGCCCACGUCGCAGUCGCAUCCGACGAGCUAUGACCUGCCACCGUCGCUGCCGCACACCUAUUCCGCAACGGCGACGGUACGCGGACCGCUGGGCAUGUCCAUGAGCAGCUCCGCCGCAUCUGCCACCAAGGGGAUCGGCGGAACGGCCUUCACAAUGCUGCCGCCCACCACCACAACGAUUAGCCUGCUACCGCUCCCUGCGCCACCGAGGGAUGUCACAAUACCGCACCCUGCGCCAACGAGGGAUGCCGCAUCUACAGCCACAUCAAGUAUUCCCGGCCAGGUGCUGGAAACCAGCGGAGCCACCAGUCUAAGUCUGAGCCUAAUGCGACCGGCCACCGCAUCCGGUGUGGUGCUGGGCGGACUGACCACCUCAUCCUUCACCAGCAGCUCCGCGGAUCCAUACCAAAAAUCACAUCCGUCAUCCGCCGGCUCGGUAAUGGGGCGUGGCAGCAGCCUACUGCUUUCACCACCCACAGCGGCAGCGGCGGCGUCGUCAUCGAGCAAAUUCGAGCCAGAAUUGGUGCUCAGUCCGGCUAAGCUUGGCCAGUAGAAUUAAAUUAAAUGGGAUUUAGUUACGUCUUUAGUUAGCCACCAGGUCUAUCUAUAUAUGUAUAUGUUUGUCUAGGUUCUAGGGGGUGAGUGUGAGUGAGUGAGUGUUUGGGUGUGAGUGUGUGUCAGAAUAAAAACGAGUAGAGUUUAGAAACCUACAUAUGUACCCUAAAAACUAUCUUUUGAAUGUGCCACAAGAACCACUUAGAGAAAUGAAUACCCCCCUCAACUGAAACUAUAUAAAAAUGUCAUGUUCUGAAACCGAAAUUGAAACCAACAAAAUUAUAAUAAAAAACUACUCAAAAUUAGGAAUACCAAUUGGAGACUCCACUUUUCCAUUCAGAACAUGACUCUGAAUGUCUAUAUUAUUUCGCUUUCAGUGUCUGAACCUGUAUAUUUCCCGAGGAUAAGUCCUCUUUAGUUCGCUAAGCCACUUGAUUUCUCUGCCCAUCUUUUGGAUGUAUCAUCCACUCUAUAGCUAUUAGCUAACGACUCUUUCCCUAACACUUUAGAUCUGUUCCUCAGGCUUCAAGGUGGCAUCGAAAAUCGCCCAAGUGCUCAGCAAAAAGUUGCCAACCUGCGCUGUUCUAAGCUAUCCCAAAUAAAAUAAAAACAUAGCCAGGGUAUUAUAAAGUUUGUAUACCAAACAUAUCGUUAACUAAAUACACAAACCGAAACUAACACUAACUAUAUUAUGAAAGAGAAGAGGAAACUUGGAGCGGAGACGGUCGACGUCCAAAUUGACAAAAAUUUAUAAGAAAACUGCAAAACCAAUUAGAUAUGUAUUGAAAAAUGUUAGGGGACCGCUAGACCCAAGCUAAGCUAAAUGGCUAGAUGCGCAAACAAUAUCUGGAAAAGGUGCGGGUGCCUCUUUCUUUAAAUUCCAAACCAAAGCCCAGGGAGUUCAAAAAGUAUUAGGCAAUCUUGUAAAAGGCUAUACAGAAUAAAA